UGCACUUGACCCGCAGAUCAGAUAUUCGACGAUCGCCGACUGUGCUCGCCGAAGUCGUUGUACAUUUAGUGUAGCCUGUUUUUCUGGGCACGGGUUCGCCCAAUAAAACGCUAGUUUAGUGAUUCCCAGUUUUGCUGCUGUGUUCUUCAUCUUCGCUACAACGUGACAAUGCGAAGUGCACUGUGCCUCCGAAAGAUGCUGCUGAUGCUGCUUCUCACCGUCAACCCGGCUUGCCUUGAAGGGAAACCAGUGAAUGAAGAAAGGACCGACAACGACUCGUCGACGGCGCUCAACUUCAUGAGCAGCCGGCGAGAGAUUGGUGUUCUCGGAGUUCCCAUCCAUCAAGGUCAGCGCAAGCCGGGCGUCGAAAAGGGUCCACAGUUCCUGCGCGACGCUGGACUCCUCGACAAGCUCAGAGAUCUCGGUGAGUGUUGGAGACGUGCAGGCACAUAACUAUAGACCGCCAGUGAAACUCGCAACGUGAAUUUUUAU